AUGGGGGGAGUAACAGUUUUGUUCUCCGGAGAUUUCAGACAAACUCUGCCUGUUGUCGUGCGGGGAACACGUGCUGACGAAGUAAAUGCUUCUCUGAAGAGAUCCAAGCUGUGGCCGACUGUAAAUCGUCUUUCAUUAACUACGAAUAUGAGAGUUAAUUUAGGGAAUGAACCAGAUUUGGAGGAAUUCGCCAGUGUUCUUUUACAUGUUGGGAAUGGGUCACUGAUAAAUGAAAGUGGAGUCAUUGUCAUUCCUCCGUCUCUGGGCACCAUAGUCACAUCUCAACAAAACCUCAUCGACAGUGUCUAUCCAGGAAUUGAAGGUAUAUUAAAUAUGGACAGUGGCUGGCUCUGUAACAAAGCAAUCUUGGCGCCAACAAACGAACAGGCCAACGAAUUGAACAUCAAGGUGAUGUCUCUUUUCACCAGCAAAGAACAGACGUAUACAUCUGUUAACACGGUUCUCAGCCAGGACGACGCCGUCCACUACCCUACUGAGUUCCUAGACUCUGUCACAGCCCCUGGAUUGCCGGCUCACGAGCUAACACUUAAAGUUGGAGCCCCAAUAAUGCUAUUGCGUAAUUUACAUCCACCGAAGCUGUGUAAUGGGACUCGCCUUCGUGUUCGUCGGCUACACAGAUAUGUCAUCGAGGCAGACAUCCUGACAGGAUGUGGAGCUGGGGAGGUGGUAUUUAUCCCCCGAAUACCAUUAAUCCCCAGCAACUACCCAUUCGAAUUUAAGCGCCUACAGUUUCCCGUCUCUGUAUGCUUUGCUAUGACCAUCAACAAAGCUCAGGGUCAGACACUGUCGACAGCUGGCGUUGAAUUAAAUAAAUCAGGAUGUUUUUCUCAUGGACAGCUAUAUGUUGCAUGUUCUAGAGUGCGAUCAUCGAGAAAUUUAUUCCUCCAUGCUCCAAAUGGUCGAACGGCCAACGUUGUUUACGAAGAAGCUUUUCGUUAA